AUGCAUAGCGUGCAUGGUUCACGACGCGUGUGCGCUGUGACACAUGUUGCUACUUACUUCUUUGGGUCCGAAAAUCCUCUUAAAGGUCUGAGUCUCAAUAGAGAAAAUGUAACCAUUACUCACGGCUAUGAAGCUAUAUUGAUGUUCUAUGGUUACGAUUUGGGAAUGGAUAUGGUAUCAUCUGCAGUAACAAUGCCAAUCACUACUACAUCAGAGCCCAAAAUAACCGAAAACAAAUCAGUGGUCGCAACCACAGCAAUGCCCGAAGUUAUCACAAUAAAUAUUCCAGAUUUCAACACAGAAAACAGUACUGAAAGGAAUUUGAUAAAAGAGAAUAAUGUCAUUACCUCAGAUCCAGGUCAAACGGCUUCGCCUAGCAUAAUGGCGAUAACUACAGUAACACCUACUGCUGUUGCUGAAAACAAAAUGGGAACUACAACUGAAACCAGUCAAAUUACGACAUCAUCAGAAAAUACUACGAUAGAAGCAACCACAGAAAACCCUGGGUCAUCAACAACUUUUGCAGAAGAGGUAACUAGCGAAACAAAUGAGGAUACCACAGCAGCGAAUCCUACGCCAGGUAAUGAUGUUGCCGAACUAGUGGGUACAUUACCCACCGAAAUCAAUUCAAUGCCCUUUCAGAGGUUACAGAAAUCACGUCCUUUCCAUCAACCAAGCGUCAAACUGCUAGCUCCUUUAUCGUCGAUUGCUAUACCCAAACACAACUAUUUGCCGCAGCAUGCGCAAUUGCGAAGCGGUCGUCAUAAACGACAUUUACUUGCCUUAAAGGAGGACAACAGUAAUCUUUUCGUAACACUUUUCAGUCCGCAACACCAACUACACCGUGAUUUGUAUGCGAUAUCUCAUUCAGGUACUGGAACUGCGGAGCGUGGGCAAUUCACAAACAAAUAUGAAGUUGAAACGCUGGACUCGCGACUACUGAAUGUGGCAAACACCAAGAGCAAUUAUGGUUUUAAUACAGAUGUAAUAAGUCACGUAUUCUACUUAGGGAACCAUCAACUUAUUCACACAACAUUCAAAGUUUACAAUGCGGUUUUGUAUUUUAAAUAUUUUGAAGAAUUAAAAAUGAGUGCUCUUGAACUCGAACUGGAUACACCUGAAUAUAAUUUGAUGAUUUUACUACCUGAUGAUCAGAUGGAUUUGGUAGCGGCGACGGCAUCACUUGGAUUGGCCCCAUCCUUGCGAUAUAUAAGAAAACAACUAAAGCCCAGAUGGGUUCAAGCUAUUAUACCAGACUUCAGACUGAAUGGAAUAAUGUUUCUUACCAAUGACCUUCAAAAUAUGGGUGUUUGCGACAUAUUUGAGCCUAACCGAGCUGAUUUUCGCCCCAUGACAGAAGAAAAGGGUAUUUAUGUAAAGCAUAUAGAGCAAUCAAUCAACGUCAAUAUUCGAACACAUCCUAUAAAUCAGCUUAAACGCAACUAUGCAUCACAAACACAGCCCAUACAGAUCUCCGUAAACCACCCUUUUAUUUUUUUCGUCAUCGAUCGCGAUCUUGAUGUUGCUGUAAUGGCUGGCCGUAUCUUGAAUCCUCUGAAUGUGCGAAUACAGUAACAUAAAAUAAUGUACGUACUAUAGUGUCGCCUUUUUGGAUAUAUUGCGGAAAUAAAACAAUAUGUUAAAAUCGAGAAAAUAAGUCCCGGCUUCACAGUGGAGAACAGUGUUGCCAGAACUUUUUGGACGAACCGGCUAAAUUGGCAAAUAAAACCGGCUAAA